AUGAUAAUCAGUCUAAUUCUCUCUCUCCAGCUCGCUUCAAGCUACUUAAUAGCCUCAAGCUCCAUCGAAUCUUGCUUAAAUUCAGGCAGCAACGACAUGAACUGUACAAAUAAGCUGGUUGUUUCAUUAUCAGUUAAUAAUGACCAAGGUGCAGACACAGAGUCUCUUGAGACUAUAAUAAACACAACUAGUACGAGUGAGGGGAGUAAGCAGCUUGUAUAUCCUAUCAAAAUCACUCUGUCAAAAACCAAAGUUACUGCAAGGUAUCCAUUAAGGUAUCGCCAAGAUUUCAAUAGUCGUGCAAGAGAGUUAGUCAUUUUUACGUCAAUUUUUGACUGCCAAGAUGGAGCAUACAGCAAUAGUCCUACAUGUGGCUGAAAAACUGAUUCUAAAGGUGAUAGAAUUUGGGAUUCCCAAGGGUAUUGCUGUGACUGUGACUUUUCACAGAUAAUUGGCCUUGACGACACUACAUAUACGCGUGGGCAGUCAUGUCAGCUAUUUAAUCUUGGCACAGGCUCGUCGUCUGCUCAUUGCCUUGUAUGGGACGAAUUAUGAUACUCUGCCUAUGAAAUCAGCACCUAUCAAACUUACUAUUUGCUAACAGCUUAUAUAUCAAAAGCAUACGAAAAUGGAACUUACUACCAAGAAAAAAUAGUUGUUUCCCCUAGUGUCCCAGUUCAAUCUUCUGCAGAAAAAGAUAUCAUCGUAAGGCUAAUAGGUGAUUUUUCCCCAAAUACACCUCCACCAACUUUAAGUGACCAAUAUUUAUUUUCAGCAUCAAGGCCUGUAAGCAAUACAAGGGUCUUAAUGGGAUCAAGAUAUUGAAUGUUUAUUGAUGGAGAUGACAUUUCAUGGGAUGGAACUCAGUGCAACAAGGUUGGAUCAAGCUAUACUGCUUUUAGAGGGCAAGGCAAUAAAUGCGAGAUGCAGCCUCGCAGUUGCUUUUUAAAUCAGCUAGAAGACAGGCAUCAAACUGACAUUAAAAGAACAGCAAAUGGACAAGCUCCUUUAUAUUUUAUUAGUAAAGAAGGGAAUUUCUCAAAGGUAAUUUCAAACAGCGAUGCUUAUUUGCAGCUGAAUAUUGAUGGAAACUUUGGAAGCUUGGUUACUAUAGAACUAAAUGGUGACAAGCUGAAAUUUAUUACAAAUGUAAGCAAAGGGAAAAUUGAUUAUGCUCAUAUCCCGUCGAAGCCGGAACGCCGUAUUUACUCGUUCCUUGGCGAAUCGAAGUGGGUCGAUCCAGAGGUCCAUUGGCCUGACAAGUGGAUAAAUACGGUGGCAGCUCUGGACAAGGCUACCCAUAGUGGACGCAAAACGUUAUAAAUAAUUAAGAUAAGAUAAGAUAAGAUAAGAUUAUGCUCAUAUAGGAAAUUUCGAAGCUUUAAGCUAUGAUGGAGUUUUAGAUGCCCAAGUUUCAAAUGUAGGCAACGUUGCUGCCCAGUUCACCUUAGGUGCUAAUUGUUCAAGUGGGGUAGCUGCAAUUGAAGCAAAAACUUUUUCAUUAAAAGCAAUGGAAAGUAAAGAUCUGGAAUUUGAUGUAAACGUCCAAAAAUCUAAUGCAAGCCAAUAUGAGUGCAAUGCUACUUUAUACAAUUCUAUUGGCAUUGUUGUGGAUUAUCUAGUAGUUAAUUUUAACACUUCUUCAAGACAUACUGAUACUGGCAGUGAAGGAGGAAACGGUCCAAAAUUAAAUGGAGAUAAUACAACAGACUCAAAUCCAAAUGAUAGCUGUUCUGAAUCCUGCCCUCAAUGGUUCAAUAUCUUUUGUUUUCUGGUUGAUGGCUGUUGGGGAGAUAUUAUAAUUUUCUUCAGCAUCAUAUUUGGAAUCUGUCUUUUCGUUAUUUUGACAAAGUUUGUUAUCAGGAGGUAUGGGAUUUGCUGCCAAAAAUUAUUUGCAACUAAAGAAGAUAUUCUUUUGAUGCUAAAAAUAGUAUAAAUUCUUAAACGCUAAUACCAUUUUAAUGCAGAAAAUGGUAUAAAUAAAUGAAAAAUUAUAAAGAAUACUUUAAAAAAUAGAAUAUAAAAAAUAA